AUGUCACAAACUCCGAAGAAAAAGAUUUCCAAAAUAGGAAGGCCUCCUAAACAUGAAAGCGUAAAUGAUUACUGUAGGAUUUGCAAGUGCAGAUUUAAAUUGGCGAAAUGUGCAUCUUUAAAGAUUUUUGAAAGAAACAAGCGAGAUGGGUUUAGUCUUAUUAUUCUGGGAGAUAUGUGUGCGAAAAGCGGCAUUGACAUUGUAAAAAACAGUGAUUUUUCGGAUAGAGUUUGCGUUAGUUGUGCACGAAAGAUCAGAGAUUGUUGCUCGUUGUAUAACGAAAUUUGUACCUCGAUUAACAAGCCCUGUGUACAAUUCGUUGAAACCGAAGGCGAAGCUAGAUUUAAACGCCAAAUUCCCACUGACUCAGAACAUAGUCCAACCGUAAGGAAGGUUGUUAAGCACGUAUCUGCGAAAAACAACGAAACAGGCGAAAGCUCUGGAGACCAUAAGAAAGUAAAAAAAUUACUGUUUGUGACGGAGGAAACAAGUGUCGACAAACAUAACAUUGCGUGCGAAUCAACUGUCUCGUCGUUACUUAACAUAGACAUCAAUUUGCUAAAUAACACAAUGGAGAAGAAAACAAACGAUGUUAGCGUGAUGAUAAAACAUCCGAAUGGAGAUGUUAUUAUGCGACAUGUGAAAGAUCCGAACGCAAGGUCUAUUGUUCGAAAUAUUGCAUUGUGUAACUGGAAGUCAGCAGCGUUUUCGAUAAUGAAGUGUGAAGGUUUGAUCGAUCAAUUGUUAAACGCACUGAACAAAAAAAUUGCGAAUGAGUUUAAAACUUUUAGCAAGCUUGAUUCCAUCCUAAAAGGUCGUACGCCAGAGGAAUUAGUCGCAUUCUCUAAUAAAUUGCUAUUAGAAGAAGUGAGGGUUCACAUCCCGUUUUGGAAUGCGUGUGUUAAAGGCAGCGUAGGAGUAAGCGUGGAUAAAAAAGCCGAAAAACAAUGUAACGCUAUUGCUUUAGCUACGUCUGUCCUGGCCCGGUGUCGAAAUGCCGAAAUGUCUGCUAUUGCCUACAGGUUUUCCACCAUUUUUUUUCAUAGCGGCGUAAGCUACGAAGAUAUUAUACGCCUGAAUCGUUUGGGAGUAUGCAUGUCGCAUUCUCGCAUGUUGAAUCUUCAAAGACAGAUGGGGAAAUUUUUCGACGCAAAGGUACUAAUAUGGAAAAAUGACGCUGAGAAAAAACUUACAGCUCUACGCUUUCUGGAGGAUCUCAGUUGUAACCAGCUUGCUCGUGAUGAUGAUGACAUGAAUGUAGAUAAAGAGAUUAAUCUCGACGUUGAAUCAGUACAACAGUACAAGUACUUCAGUACGGAUGCGCACGAACGUUGCGUUGAGAUAAUGGAUGAAACGAAGCGACAGUUAGGAGAGUCUCUUAAUACAGAUGAUGUCCUUUUCUCAGCCAUUCAAAAUUUAAAGGGAUAUGACAUACCUUAUUACAAGUAAGCGAGCGUUCUAUUGUUUAAUUAGCGAUAAUACGUUCAUGUUUAGUACGUUUUGCAUUGCUAUUUAUAGCUGUUAACAUCACAUAGUCAUAGCCUCAACGUUGCAAAUAAAUCCUGUAUAUAAUAAAUAUGAUUAUAUUCGUUCGUUACAUAAAAUGUAUCACUUUAGAGAAGAUUGCCGCUUUUUCAGAAUUAAAUGCAGCAGAUGAUACACUGUCAGGAAAUCCUGAAAUAUCAAUGCCGGAACGGUAGCUUGAAAUAAACACGUAAAUAUGCACUGUAAUUGGUAUGUGUCUAUUUCAGUACAGGUAAUAAAAUAAAUCGAUUUGAAAGAGAGAAGAUAAAAAUUGUUCUAUGUGCAAAAAUAAUAACUUCAUUGAAAUACACGCUACGAUUUUACGUAUACUAACAAAUUAAAUUAGAAUUACAUUGUAAAUACCAGAGUCAAUGUAAUACUUUAAUUGUAACAGUGUUACGCCCAAUAUUUACUUUAUUUACUUUACACAUUUCUAGAAUUGUCGGUGAUAACAUAGACUUUGAAGUCAGAGCAAGAGUCCAAGAUAAAGAACACGGAAACCGUAGCAUUCACUGGACACAUCAAUUCGCAAUUAAAGAUAAAGUAGUCGACAAACAACUCGACUCAAAGAAAAGCAAACUACCUGCGAAACAACUUCAGCUUGCGGAAUUGCUACCGACGAAGUCUGUAAUGGACAGGCUUAAAUCACGAUUUGCUGUUUUAGCAAGCCAUGUGCUUGUUAAAUACAUCGAGAAGUUGAAGUGUCUGAAAUCGUGUACUAUUAAGCACAUUAAACAUGCUUAUUCUAAAGAAAUGAAGGCAAAAUCCGAAACGGUUAGUGAAAUGACUGCAUGUAAAAAUAACGUGUGCAUUACAAGUACUAGAUAAAACAUGAGCAGCCGAUCUGUAUCUGAUAUACAAACUCGAGCCGAAGGCGAGAGUUUGUAUAUCAGAUACAGAUCGGAUGCGAAUGUUUUAUCGUACUUAAGAAUUAAAUGACCCAUCUUAUGAGUUAAUUGGCGAAGUAAUUUUAAAAAUAAACAUUGUCUAAGCCGAGAAAAUCAAAGCUGAAGUUUAUGUAAAUCAGGACAAAUCUUUAUCCGAUUUACAAACAUUGAUUAAACAUUCAUUUCUUUUGUAUUUUCCUCGUGAAUUAUUAAUGAAUUUUUUAACUAUACAUCUAAAUCAACCUAUCGUGGAAUCAUAUUUUAUAUUUUGGAAUUUGUAGUUUCAGACCUGCCAUCUCUCACGAUUUUGUCCAGAAAUCUCACGACUUUUGGCAAAAUUUGUUAAAAACCAUAACUGAUAGAUUAUUAGUUUUUACAUACGAAAAAGACAUAUUUUCAUUAUAUGUGCGAGUUGCAUGACGGUAAAAUCGACUUUUGAGCUUUCACAUGGCUUUUUACUACAUUUAGUUUUCUCGUAGUUUUUUUGUGCAGAUACGUUAUUUUUCUAACUUAGAUUACUAAAGCAAUAAUAGUGACUACGAUUUAUUUUAUAGACUUUGAAAUUAAACAAGGCAUACCCAGGCCAUAAAAUAAGAAAACCUGAAAAUUUCUUGAUCUCGCAAUUUUAACUUAAGAAUUUAUUUUUGUAUAUAGUUGCCUGUAUGUUAUUUUUUUUUUUGCAAAAUAAUAAUAAUAAUAAUAAUAAUAAUAUUUAUUCAGGAAGCUCCACUCACCGGAGUGUUUUUCAGGGAGGUCCUGUAAUAUAUAUCUACAUUAUACAUGGUAUACUAGUGUAAAUAAAUGUUAUGUUAUGUUAUGUUAUAUUUUAAAAGGCAUCCCACGAUUCUGUCACUCAGGGGUUGGCAGGUCUGUAGUUUGGAUUUACAUAAAUAUUAUUUGAUUUUAAAAUUAUAUAUUUUUAUGUUUAUAACUAUAUAUGUUUACAUGUAUAAUGAAAUGCAACAUGUGGUGAACAUGUUUUUGGUAUUGUAAUUAUUUACAGUGUUGCCUUGGCAUGGAGUUCAAAAACCCCAAUGUGGCAGGAGAGAUGGCCCAGAUGAUGAUUACAAAUCAAGAUCGAUAUGUUCCAUCAAUGGUCACUAGCAGCUGCAAGAAAGAAGUAUUGGCUCCUGUUGGAUUCCAAGGUGACCAACUAUUUGAAGAACGGGCCCGAAAUGUCCAGUGGACAUUUCGAGUUGGGAACAGUGAUCAUGAACGUUUGGAAGGACUAAGCACAGAGUUCGCAGACUGGCAUGCAAAGGUUACCCUCUACAAGGUAUGAUAAGCUGUUAAGAACAGGCAGUUUCCAGUAUUACCUAAUCUGAAUAACACUAUACAUGAAGAAAAUACCCAUAAUCCUAUAUUUGGCUCUGUUUAGUUGCGCUGACACUUUACAGUAAGCAUCUCCAAAAUGAAUGUGUAUUGUGUAUUUGUUAACUUUGAAUAUUCAACAACAAAGAAUAUUUAGUGUUGACAAUAUCUGUGUUGCUAUGGCAACAAGGGAAAGGCAUAAACUCUGAUAAUUUGUGCAUAGAUUUGGCUGUAACUAAAAGAAAAUUGGUGACCCAUCUUUUUUAUUUCAUGUAUCAAAAGAGCCUGGUAUUCUUUAAUUCUUGAUGACAAUUAAAAGGUGUCCUAUUAAAAGCUGUUUUAACGGCUGUGCCACCUCAUGAAAUGUGCUAGCCUGCAAAGCUUCUGCCCGAUUUCUUUACAUUUUUUGUUUUGAUUUGUUUAUUUUCAGUAAUUUACAGUUUUUAAUUGAUUAACCAUUAAGCGGCAUUGCGCCCUACUUUGGUUUUUACUCUGUCUAACGCCAGAUGAUUUUACUUGUCAAGGGGAUAUUAAUAACCCUAAUGGGUUAAUAAAAGAGAUAACACUGCAUGUUUUUACUCUGCAUAAUUUAUAACUAUUAUGCAGCAAGACUCACCAACAAUUAAAUUUGUCUGGCAUUAGACAGAGUAUAUGAGUAUAAACACAGAGGUAUAACUGGAUGUGGGCAUGGAGCAAUUGCCCCCCAUUUGUCUGAACUGGUGUUGUGAAAAGUUCAAAUCUGGCAAGAUAAAAUUCAAGGGAGAAUUUUUUUUUGAGAAAUUGGUUUCAAAAUGCUUAAUUAUUCCUCCCUCCCAAACAAAUGAACCUGCCCCAGUUAAAACUAAGUAAUAUAUAGCUAAGUGCUGAAUUAAUCAGUGUAAUGUGAGCCCUUGGAGUAUAAAUGAAAACUAAUUGAUUCUAAACAAGAAUGACAUAUAUUUUCUUUUGAAUAAAAAAUAUAAUUUUAACUUUAUUAGAAUGAAUUUGACAUGUUUGUAAAGCAUGGGUCAGCUUGUGAAGUGGGCACAACAAGAGCAAGCAUGAAUCGGACGCACAAAACAAAUGCUGCUAAGGGAAUUGAUCAUUCAUACAACGAGUACAAAGAAUUUCACACCAGAGAGGUUGAGGGGCAUAUUUGUGCAGCUUUUAUGGAAAUGGCUAAAAUGACCACAUUAACAGGUAAUGUAUGUGCUUUCUUUGAAUAGAUUAUAAUAAAUAAAAUCAAACAUUCCAUUUGACUGAUUCAUUAAAUACAAGUCAUGUUUAUUAGCUGUUAAUUUUUUAAUUAUAUAAAGAUCAACCUGCACUGGAUCAGGAUAUGCCACCAAUGUCAUCACCCUCCUGUGUUAAAAGUAAAUGGCUUACUGAUGCAUGUGAAAAGCUGAUUGACAAUUGCAUUUCCUUGUCUGGGGAUAUUACAAGACUAGUGAAUCAGACGAUUGAUUUUGGUCAGAUCUCACAAGGACCAUUUGCUUGCAGACAUGCUGGUUGCAAAUGUGAAUAUGUUUAUCAUUCUGGAAGAGUCAAGUAAGAAAAUAUAUAUAUUCUAUUUAUUAACCCAUUAAGGGCCAGCGCUUUCCCCUUGACAAGUAAAAUCGUCUGGAGACAGAGUAUAAACUUCAGUAGGGUGCAUCAGGGUGCAUUACCACUUAAUUGGUUAACCGGACCUUAAGUAGAUGUAGCUUCCACAUUAGCCUGUUUACAUUAAUGGCUGGACAACUUUGCAGGUUACCAUAUUUUGUGCACAUGCAAAUAUUUUUCUUUGUUCUUAACCCAUUAAGCAGCAAUGUGCCUGAUGGCCCUUACUUUGAUUUUUACUCUGUCUAACACCUGAGACAAUUGUACUUGUCAAGGGGAGACCGCUGGCCCUUAAUGGGUUAAACACAACCAUAUAUGUCUAUAUACAUACCCUUCUGUGUAUGAAAUGUGAGGAAAUACCAUUAACCUGUGCAUGGAAAUGAGGCUAUUUGGGAAAAUCCAAUGAAUUAUUAGGUCAGCUGUAGUGCACAUAUACCCUAUUGCCACGCAUAUAAGUGCAGCACCUAUAAGGGAAAUCCAUAUAUAUAUAUAUAUAUAUAUAUAUAUAUAUAUAUAUAUAUAUAUAUAUAUAUAUAUAUAUAUAUAUAUAUAUAUAUAUAUAUAUAUAUAUAUAUAUACACUUGGAAAAAGUAAUAUUUUUACUUUCUAGACAUGAAAUUGACAUACAUGGGGUGCAUUAUAACACAAUUAGUCAGGGUUCUGAAAAGGAUGAUUAUGGCUACGACGUGUGCCAGUAUGGUUGCGGUUAUGUAUACAGCACAAAGUCAUCUCGAAACAAGUAAGUUGAAAUUAUCAGGUAGAGUGUAACAUACUGAAAACUGCAUAUCAACUGCAGCUACACUAGUAACAGGCUAAGUUUUACAACUCGCAGCUUAGGUUUGCUGCCCAACUUAUGACAUUUUUACGAGGCACCACAAGGUGCCUGGCACUGAGCAAGAAAAGUUGAGAAAAUUCACAUCAUUGGAAUCUGCCUUUUACAAUAUCUAAAUUGCAAAUAUAAACUAAAUAACUUGCAGAUCAGGAAAUUCAAAUGUUUCCAAAAUGGUCCAUAAGAAAGAUGGAAAAAAACUGAUUAACACUAAUUUUUACACAAUUUACAGACAAUUUUCCAUAAAAUGGAAAAUCACACAAUCACGCUUGGCACGUCCUUGUACUGUACAUAUAAUUGAAUUAAAAUAUAGUGUUUCUAUACAUUAAUUUUUGUUACUUUUAUAUAUCUGUAGGCACUACAAGUUGACCCAUGCUUCACACUCAAGAGUUGAGGAGACUACACCAACUGUACCUGUCAAUCAACCUCAGGAAACAUUACAGGACUACCUAUUUAACUAUCACAACACUAAACUGUUGUAUGGCUUAGUAUUGAUGGAGUUUAGCAGCAGUAUUGAAGAAGGUGAUGGUGAUAGGCUGUUUGAUUUAUAUAAGUUAUGCCUUUUACUAUACAAGAGUGGAGGAAAUACCAAAUAUAGUUAUGUUGUUCUACUACACUUGGUAAAAAUAGAAUGCUUGUUGUCACCAUUUGAAGCUCAUUGGCUCAAGUGGAAUCGCUUUUAUAAUAAAAACGGAGGAAAUGGAAAGAACAUUCCACUUGAUCUGAGGAAAGAACAACUAAAUAAAGUGCUCAAGACAAUGUGGAGAGCCCUAGGCUCAAACAUUGAUGAAACAAAUGCAUCUCGUGUUGCAAAAACACUUGAGAUGAUGGACCAGAUGAUCGAGUCCAUUGAUAAGGAUUGCAAUUAUGGUCAAAGGCAAGGUCGUAGAAAUAUCAAGAGCGAAGAAGCUGCUGUUUUGCAGAUCUCUUCAGAUUUAAUGGAAAAACAGGUAUUUAAAUUAACUCCAGGAAGAAAAGGACAUGCAUCUUUUCCAACAUUUAGUGGGAAUCUCUUUGAAGGGAUGGAUUACAAAGAUUUGCACAAGUGGAUGAAACAGCAUGUUGAGUUGUGGGCAUCAAUAUAUGAGAAAUGA